AUGGUGACGGAGGAGGACGCGGUGGUUACAGACGGGACGGGGACUGCGACAGGAGCAGCCGUGGAUUCAGAUCGAGCGAGUACAGCUACAAUGGUCGUGCCGACUCGUGGCAGAUCGUAUGGAGGGAGCCAGCGUGGCUUUGGCCCAGGGUAUCGCGGCCAUGGAGGCGGCCAGGGGUCGAAGGGCAAGAAAAGAUAUGGCUCGCCUGUCCGCACUAACUACCGCCUGAUUGUGAAGAACUUGUCCAGUCGCUGUAGCUGGCAGGACUUGAAGGAUUACGUGCGGCAAGCUGGAGAAGUCACCUUUGCUGAUGUGCACAAGCAGAACAGGAAUGAGGGGAUUGUGGAAUUUUCCACCUACCAAGACAUGGAGAAUGCCUGGCGUAAGCUUGACGGGACUGAAAUCUAUGGUUGUAAGAUCAAACUGGUGAAGUCUCAGCCUGCAUGA